GGUCACCUAGGGUGAGACAGUCAUCAGAAGACCGGGCCUGUUGUGGCCGGUCUCUCAUUACCGCUGAGACGAUGCUACAAUGAGCAGCUUCUUAGAUUACUCGGUAAUGAGCGGCGACGGCGGGUCGUGCUCUGUUCGGGCGUUCCACUCCGACCACGGAAUAACAACUUUCCAGUCGUGCGCGGUCACCGUGAACAAUUGUGGGGCAGAUGAGCGUUUCAUACCUAGUAGGGCAUCCCCGGAUGGCAUCCCUCACCAGACGGGGUCCUACCAGACGACUAGCGGCUCUCUGGGUCUAACCUACGGGGCACACCCGGCCUGCGGCUCGGGCUAUGGACCCCAGGGCUUCUGUUCCACCUACAACCAUUACACACUGAACCAGGAAGUGGAGUCGGCCGCGGGGUUUCCGCAGUGCUCACCAUUAAUGUACUCCGGGAACAUUUCCUCGUCUAUGGUACCACAGCAUCGCCAAGGUUACGGGGGCGCGCCCCUGGGUCAGCUCCAGUACUCCCAUGCCACGUAUGGAGGCGGGCACGAGCACGCGAACCUGCCUCCUUUUUCUGGGUGCUCUAACCCACUGUCACCCCUGCAUGCGACACACCUUGAUGCCUGCUGCUCGCCGCUGUCGGAGAGCGCCUCCAGCGCACAGACUUUUGAUUGGAUGAAAGUGAAGAGGAACCCGCCCAAAACAGGCAGAUCAGGUGAGUAUGGCUAUGGGGGGCAGCCCAACACGGUCCGGACCAAUUUCACCACUAAACAACUCACCGAGUUGGAGAAGGAAUUCCACUUCAACAAGUAUCUGACCCGCGCGAGGCGCGUGGAAAUCGCGGCUGCACUUCAGCUGAACGAGACUCAGGUCAAAAUCUGGUUCCAGAACCGCCGGAUGAAGCAGAAGAAACGCGAAAAGGAGGGCCUACUACCGACCAAAUCUUCUGUGUCGGACCCGAGGGAUAGCUGUUUGGAGAAAGCAGAUGAUGCUGGGUCUGAGAAGUCCCUCUCGGCCCCUUCCACUCCAUCUCCCCCCUCUUCAACAGCAUCAUCCGGGGUUGAUCCCUAUUCCUCCAGUUAAAGAACCCUUGCCCCCUGGCGAUGGUCUACAUAUACCAAAGAUGAUAUACAAGCCCUGACUUAGAUAGGUUAAAUGAUUUUGAACAGGGCAAAUAUAAAUGCACUACAUGGGGUAUACUGUGACAAUGAAAUGUCGUGGUUAAUCUAUGCUACGUGGUAAAUCUGUGGUGUUGUUAUCGGUGGUUGGAACAAGGUAAAAUAUCUGACCAGCAUCCCAUGGAGUUAUGUUUAUAUUUUCUUGAUUUCUAUUCCAGUUGUUCGUUCAUGUGUAGAGUAAUUAUCGUGCACAUGGGAUAUCCUCCCACUUUAAAUGCGGCAGUGUAGGCCUACCAUUGUUACGUAACGAGUUGGACUGCACAACAAAACAAAUACCUCAUGUAAACCAGAUUGACUCAUUAAAAGUGCGGCGCUGAAAGUUGGCUGUACUAAAAGUGUUUUACAUCACAAUCAGCAAAAAAAACUUCGUAUAUGGAAUCAGUGCUGGUAGGCUACAUUCUUUAAAUACCUCCAAAAAUCAUGUUCGAACCUGUGUUUCCAGCCUGUGUUUGUACUGUCUUAGGCUGCGUUUAGAUUGGAGCCCAAUUCUGAUCUUUCUUUCAGUAAUAAAAUAUCCGGUGUGAAAAUAUUUGAUUUAUCUGUCAAAAUGUGAAUUAGUACAAACGAACUUAAUCAGAGCCGAACUGUCUAGGCUCCGUCCAAUUUUGAUAUUUGUUUUACCAUAUUAGGUGUAUUCAUCAAUCAAAUUUGCUCAAAACAAGAAGUUAGAAGAUCUGACGUGAUGAGUCAAAAAUGGCGGCAGCCUUGCUGUUGGCGAAUUGGGUCAGUAACCAAAAGGUCGCUGCUUCCUAUCCCCAACGUGGAAAAACACCUGUCGGCAUGAGGAUGAGCAAUGCAUUUGAAGCUAAUUGCUCCUGAAAAAACAUUUAGUGGGAAAAAUAUCAGAAUUGGACUUUCGGUUUAAACGCAGCUUUAGUGUGGCGUGUGUCAAUCUGAAUGUAAUGUGUGAGGUUUGCAUGACGCGCGACGCAUUCAUGUAUACUUAAUUGAACGCUGAGUUUUAUCAGUUUUGGAGACCUCUGAUGAUUGUUAUGGACUUGUGUCAAAUUAUUCGAGCAGAGCACGUGUAAAGUGUUUCCAGUGCGAUAUU